AUGACAGUGAAUCAGCUCCUCGAGACCCGUGAGCAGCUGGCUACGAUGUUGGCUUUUAUGACAAUGGAGUUAGAGGAACGUCGUCGCCGAGUGCUGGCAGCCGCAUUAGCUGCCCGUGGAGCGGCCAUCUCCAGAAGACGGCUGUAUGAAAACUUGAAUCCCACUAGCUUCACAGCUACUCAGCAUGCAGGGGAAACUCAGCCAUUAAGGUGGUCAAACUUCAUCUCUAAUCCUUCUUCACCUCUUCUCUCAUCUUCGUAUGUCGUAGCGUCCACUUCUCGUGUCAGUUCUCGUUAUCCUCUAAAUGAUGAUGAAGCUAGAGUAGAUAACUUAGACGAGAUUCCUGCUGUUGUAGGUGAAGCUAGGGCUACCAGUCUUCUGGAGAGACUACGGCUACUCACAGCAAGCGAGUCGCUCGCAACUGAGACAAAUUCAGAUGUAGAACUAGAUUCGAUUCUUUCGCCACACGCAAGUCGUCUGACAGGGGAACUAGAAGCUCAACAAACAUCAAAUACCAGAAUCCAUAGCAGAAGCUUACAGCCGACCAGUGUUUGUCCAGUAGAUUAUUUGAAUUAUCAAUCACCUCUUCCCUCAUCAUUGUUUAGAGAUUUCAUUCAUAAUACCAGACAGCCAGACAUUGGUAGCAGUGACGACGAGAACGAAGAUGACGAUUAG